AUGUCGGCUAUGGCUCAAUUGAAGCCGGCGGCGUACGGGAAGUUGAUGCGCGUAGGCCCUGAGAAGCAAUCAGGAUGGUUCUGGAGCAGUGGUUCAAUGACAGACUCGCAGUCUGCGGAAGAGAGCGAGGAUCUUCUUACUCCAGAGGCAACACAGAAGAUAAGUGCGGAGAUCUCAAAGAGUCGUCGUUACACUGCGAAGAGGACCUCCGAGAGAAAAUACAGGGUUCGUGCUGGUGAUCGUCGCUUCAUGGUUGACCUUCAAGCGAAGAGCUGUGAAUGCAAUGAAUUCGACCUGGACGACAUGCCGUGUUCUCAUGCGAUCGCAGCCAUUAUUGAGGCGAACGAGCCAGUGGAAGAUUACGUGGAAGCUUACUACAAGCUGAGUUCACUGGUUCAAACAUACUCCGGUUCAGUAAAUCACUUGCUUCCCUUAGAGCAUUGGGAAAUUCCGUUUGAAAUUGCAACUGAUAUUGUUUUGCCAAACCUUUCUCGGUGA